AUGUCGCAAGUUCAACUUGACCCCGGCAUUCUCUCUGGAGCCGCAAACAAAACGGUCCUGGUAACAGGCGCAGCUCGCGGGAUCGGUGCUGCAACAGCGGCGCUGUUUAACCACCACGGCGCGAAUGUGGUGAUCGCGGACCUAGCCCAGUUCCGUGAGACGGCAGAGCAACUGAUCCAAUCCCAAUUCAGCAAUCCGGAGCGCGUGCUGUUUAUCCCUGGAAAUAUCGUUGACUGGGCGCAGUUGACAGCAUGUUUUAAGAUUGCCGUUGACCGGUUCGGCGGAAUCGAUAUCGUCGUCGCGAAUGCGGGGAUUAUGGAGUCAAGCCCCGUUCUGGCUCUGGACGACGUUGAUGAAAAUGGGAGUCUACUGGAGAAUGAUGAAGCGGGCAGGGUUAUCGACGUUAACUUGAAGGGAACCUUGAAUAGUAUGCCACACUGCUCUUUUGGCCAUUGCGGGUUUUAUUUGGGCUCUACGCUCUACUUGCGUCUAUGA